GAUGCUGAUGCUGAUGCUGUUGCUGUGAAUUUGAUUGACGCGAACAUGUCGGUGUGAUGGGGGAGCGCCGGGAUGCAGCUGAUGAUGGUCCAGAAGGGGAAUACGUGCAGUCAAAUCAGACGUUAUCGUUAAGAAAUAACACCUAACGUUCUCCUUUAUCAUCUAUAACAAAGAUGUCUGAAUUUGUGUUGCAUUUCACACGCGCGCAAUGGAUCUAGCUGAUGCCACCGCAGCGAGGAUCUGAUUUGUAUUUUUUCCUUCCUUCCAUCAAUAUCUGUGUAUUAUGGUAGAGUCAAGCCGGAGCAUCAAACAUAAACUGUGCAACCCUGAUGACAACACCGUCAGGAAAUCAGGAUAUCAACAAUGGAAUCGCCUUACACGUAGAGUCUAGUUUUUCACGAUCACACACACACCAUUAUUAGUGCUUUCACGAACGCACUAUCCAAGUGUUGUCUAAUCUGAUUGAGCGAAAAAAGUAGCCUGCACUUAAGAGACGGACCACUGCUCGCAAAUUAUGGACGAGGAGAAUAUGACCAAAAGCGACGAGCAUCAUCUGAGUUUGCAAAAAGCCUUGCAGCAGUGCGAACUGGUGCAAAACAUGAUAGACAUUAGUAUCUCCAGCUUGGAAGGUCUGAGGACCAAAUGUGCCACAUCCAACGACUUGACACAAAAAGAAAUCCGAACGCUGGAGGGUAAACUGGUCAAGUAUUUUAGUCGGCAGCUCUCUUACAAGCAUAAAGUGUCCUUACAGGAGCAGAAUGUGGAGUUGGAUGGAUUCCCGCAGCUGGGACACUGGUUCCGCAUUGUUAACAUGAGGAAGGAGGUUAUUGAGGAGAUCUCUCCAGGUGAGCUGACUCUGGAGACUCUGUUGGAGAUGUCGGAUGAGCAGGUGUGUGAGGCGCUGCAGAAGUUUGGAGCGAGUGAAGAAGAAUGUGCUCGGCUCAAUGCCUCGCUCACAUGUCUACGAUCAGCCCACAAAUCAGAACAACUUGAGGAUGACAAAUUACACAGUAAUGGAGGAUCCAAGCAGGACUGGUCCAUUCAGUGGCCCACGUCCGAGUCGGGUAAAGAGAACACCCCAGUGGGGCCGUCAGACCCCAGUCAGUGGGUCCGUCUCCAGCUCUCCCAGAGCCCCAAAUUGCACUCGCGCUACAGCCAGCACUUGUGCCAGAGUCCCCAGGCCCUGGCGCCCCCCUUCUAUUCCCCUCACCCGCAUUCGGACCGGCUGACCGUGGACCCUCACUCCGGCCUCUUCCCCUCGCCUCUGGAUAUGGGACAUCACUCUCUCCCUCCUUCCCCCAGACAGAGGCAUUUUGCCCACACCCCUCCUCGGACUCCCUUAGUGGUGAACACCAUGACCCCUCCAGGGACACCGCAGGUCAGGCGCAGGAAUAAGCUGAAGGCCCCUGGAACCCCGCCGCCUGCCAGCCGGAAGCUCAUCCACCUUCUGCCAGGGUUCACGGCUCUGCACCGCAGCAAAUCCCACGAGUUCCAGCUGGGGAACAGAAUAGAUGACGCACAGACACCCAAAGCAAAAAAGAAGAACAAGCCGUUGAACCUGAAGAUCCACAGCAGUGUGGCUGGAAGCUGUGAAAACCUGCCGACCCAGCGCUCUCCUCUCCACUCCGAUCACUCACUCCGCUCCUUCUUUUUCCCCAAUUUUGUCCCUUCGACACCACCGGUGCACUCCGACACCCCCUCAGCAAAUACUCUGUCUGUUCCUCGCUGGUCUCCUCAAAUACCUCGCAGAGACCUCGGCAACUCCAUAAAACACAGGUUUUCCACGAAGUAUUGGAUGUCGCAGACAUGUAUCGUGUGCGGGAAAGGAAUGCUGUUCGGCUUAAAAUGCAAAAACUGCAAAUUGAAGUGCCACAACAAAUGCACCAAAGAAGCACCGCCCUGUCAUUUACUCAUAUACCACAGAGGAGGUAGGGACUCAUUCAGAGAUCAAGGAACAUCUCAAGUAUCCCUACGUUUACUCCUUCCUCGUGCACUCUCUUGCUACAACCACGACCGCAUGACAGAAUCCAGGACCGUCACUGACAACGACGACAUAAAUGGAGGAACGAGCGAGGUUAAUCACCGUGGCACAGGCGAACCCCGACCCGAUCGUCUACGCGAGGGCGACCACAUCCCUGUGCCGUAUCAGCCCGACUCCAGCAGUAACCCCUCCUCAACCACCUCCUCCACCCCGUCGUCUCCUGCACCCCCUCUGCCGCCCAGCGCAACGCCCCCAUCUCCUCUGCACCCUUCCCCGCAGAGCGCCAGACAGCAGAAACAGUCCAACCUUACAGCAUCUCAUUUCUACAAAUUCAAGCAGCAGUUCAUCUUCCCUGAUGUGGCCCCUGAGGCUCCCACCAGGGCCCCUCAAGUCAUUCUACACCCUGUUCUGUCUGAACCUGGUACCAAAGGGAGUCCCUUGCUACAAAUUGAGGUUGAGCCAACAUCUGAUAACGAGGAAGGCAAUGAUGAGGCCGAGGGUUCAGCGGACGAGUUCGAGGAGAUGAAUCUCUCCCUCCUGUCUGCACGGAACUUCCCACGUAAGGCCAGCCAGACCAGCAUCUUCCUGCAGGAGUGGGACAUUCCCAUGGAGCAGCUGGAGAUCGGAGAGCUGAUCGGGAAAGGUCGCUUUGGACAGGUCUACCACGGACGCUGGCACGGAGAAGUGGCCAUACGGCUAAUCGACAUUGAAAGAGACAAUGAAGAACAGCUGAAAGCGUUUAAAAGAGAGGUGAUGGCGUACAGGAACACACGGCAUGAAAACGUGGUCCUGUUCAUGGGAGCAUGUAUGAGACCCCCUCAUCUGGCCAUCAUCACAACUUUGUGUAAGGGCAGGACCCUCUACUCAGUGAUUCGAGAUGCAAAAGUCGUUCUCGACGUGAACAAGACUAGACAAAUCGCACAAGAGAUGGUGAAGGGCAUGGGCUACCUACAUGCCAAAGGGAUCCUUCACAAAGAUAUGAAAUCCAAGAAUGUAUUUUAUGACAAUGGGAAAGUGGUCAUCACCGACUUUGGCCUGUUCACAAUAUCUGGUGUUCUACAAGCAGGCAGUAGGAGAAAGGAUAAGCUGCGGAUCCCAAGCGGCUGGCUAUGUCAUCUCGCUCCUGAGCUCAUCCGUCAGCUCUCCACCGACACCGCAGAAAACCAGCUUCCUUUCUCUAAACAGUCUGACGUCUUUGCCUUUGGCACUAUCUGGUAUGAGCUCCAUGCGCGUGAGUGGCCCUUUAAGAAUCAGCCAGCUGAAGUCAUUAUCUGGCAGGUGGGAAGUGGAAUGAAGCCCAUCCUCACUCAGAUCGGCAUGGGCAAAGAGAUAUCCCAUGACAGUCCCAAAGGAGGCCGUUCAGUUUAUUUUCAUUGUAAAGAAAAGACAGACCUGGACAUGCUUGACUAA